UCUCUUCGUAAGAAAGAUUCUCAAUACUAGGAAUAGAAGAUUAAUAAGAGACAGACUAAAUGAAUGUUACGACGAAGAUUGAAUAAUAGAAAUUUUGUAUAAAAUAACUGGCUCUUCUCUCUUCGAGGAAUAAAAAUGACGGAAUUUUUCGCUCGCUGUAAACUUUUUAUUGCAGCUGUCGGUUAAUUUUUACCAAUACAUGAGUUACUAUAAUAUAGAAAGCAAUGGCGGAUUAACACUGCAUUAAGUACAAUUUUAACGAAAUUACAAACGAAGAAGUUAGAAGUUCAAUCUGCCAAAAAAGCAACGUUUGCAGCUUGAACACUAAAAUAAUUUCAAACGUCGCAAUUUUCGAGUGCCUUCAGAUUGAUGAGGACGCGCGUUCCAGAACGCACAUGGUACUAACUACGGCUAGAUCAAUCAUAGUGUUUACUUAAUUUCGUGACCUAUGGCUCUAAUUUAUGACCUCGUUACAUCUCCUCCACCAAGAGCACCUACAAACAGUCUGACGUUCAUCUAACGAUGAUCGAUGCAUUCAUCUUUCCAUAUGUAUCUCAAUUUCGAAUUCAUUCAUGCCAAUGACCAUCUCGUUUUGUUUUCUGCUGUUCUCGUCUCGUAGGCAUCGUAAGGCUCGACUGGCCUUUCUCUCGAUAAUAUUGCUACUAUGCUUGACCUUGCACCCCGGAACUGAAGCCCAGCUAAACUUCUCGACUGGUUGGGGAAAAAGAAACCAAAGGCUCGAAUGGGGUGCCCUUAAAACCGAAUGCGCUUCACAGACUAGACCGUUUCUGGAACAACUGCUAACCGUUUACCAAUUGAUACAGGAAAGAGGAAGCGUUACUGAUCGAAAGCAUCUUUCAUUUUCUUUCGUUUCGUUCGCAGAUGGAAGCGCGAAGGAUGCUGAACUGUCGGAAGCUGAACGAAUAAAUUCAAGAGUGGAUCGGCGGAUUAGAGGAAACAUCGUAGACUAG